AAGGCUGCCCAACUCCCUUAUACAUUCAGUGCAGAUUCUAUUGCAUUGUCUUGCAAAAAAAUAAAUACAGUAAAUCCGUCGUGAUCUUUCACCGGAUAAGCGCUUUCCACAUCCGCUAAAGAUGUACGAUACUGUGGGGCUCAGAGGAAAACGCAGUGCCCUCCUUUGGCCACCAAGGGCAGAAACUUCGCUACUGUGGCAAGUGAAACUGAGGGGAAGGGCGGAGACUUCAUUUCCUUCAUACGCAUGCGCCUUAAAAAAAAAAACCUCCGCUUUUCCUGGAACUGGAGAGUCGAGCUUUCGGGAGCCCAGGAGAGGCGGAACCAUUGUGCUCAGUUGUGUUGCGCAGCGGAUAUAUUUACGUGCAGUACCGAAGGGGUUAAUUUUUGCACUUUGAGAGCCAUGGCGGGGUCCGGAGCAGAACUAAAACCUGCCGUAUUGAAGCACCGGCGAACUACACUCGAACGGGUCGAAAAGUUUAUCUCCGAGAUAUACUUCACGGACUGCAACCUCCGGGGCAGGCUGUUUGGUGCUUCCUGCCCGUUGGCAUCUCUCUCUUGCUUUGAAACCUCACACCGGAUUCCAUAUGACGAAGCUAUCAGACAAGAAUUUAGGCUUGUGAAAGUUGGAGACAGUUUUGGAAGCACAUGGCAGACCUGCUGGUUCAAAGUAGAUCUCAGCAUCCCCAUGGAAUGGACAGGAAAGGAAGUCCACCUUCUUUGGGAAAGUGAAGGAGAGGGAAUGAUUUGGAGGGAUGCCCAACCUGUGCAGGGUUUGACGCAGGAAGGUGAGAAGACCAGCUACAUUCUGACAGAUAAUCUAAAGGAGACGGACCCCCACAGCUUGACCCUGUAUGUGGAGGUUGCCUGCAAUGGUCUGUUUGGAGCUGGGAAAGGCAGCAUGAUUGCACCACCUGAUCCUGACAAGAAGUUCUCCCUGCAGAAGGCAGAGCUGGUGGUCUUCAACAGGGAUGUCCAUGAACUUCUGGUAGACUUUGAGAUUCUUCUGGACAUGGCUAAGCUUCUUGGGGAGGAAAAUCAGCGGAGCUUCCAGGCACUCUACACAGCCAAUCGGAUGAUUAACCUGUGUGAUGUUGCCAACCCAUCAACUUUUGCUGCAGUGCACGAACUUGCCUGCUCCGUCUUCGGUCAAAAGAAUGGAGAGAGUCAGCAUGCCAUCCACGCCAUGGGCCAUUGCCACAUUGAUUCCGCUUGGCUGUGGCCUUACAAUGAGACGAUCCGUAAAUGUGCUCGCAGCUGGGUGACUGUCAUACGCCUGAUGGAGAAGAACCCAAAGUUCACCUUUGUUUGCUCACAGGCUCAGCAGUUUGAAUGGGUGAAGAACUGGUACCCUGGAUUGUACUCUACAAUUAAGAACUUUGUGAAAGAAGGGCGUUUCAUUCCCGUUGGGGGCACCUGGGUGGAAAUGGACGGCAACCUUCCCAGUGGAGAAUCCAUGGUUCGUCAGUUCCUGCAGGGACAGCGGUUCUUCCAGCAGGAGUUUGGGAAGCUUUGCUUGGAGUUCUGGUUGCCAGACACGUUUGGCUACUCUGCACAGCUGCCCCAAGUGAUGAACGGCUGCGGGAUCCACCGAUUUCUAACGCAAAAGCUUAGCUGGAACCUCGUGAACCCUUUCCCGCACAACACCUUUGUCUGGGAAGGCAUUGACGGGUCCCAGGUUUUAGCCCACUUCCCACCCGCCGAUUCCUAUGGGCUGGCUGGUCGUGUGGAGGAGAUGUUAAAAACAGUGAAGAAUAACAGGGACAAAGGUUGUGUCAACCACAGUGCCGCUCUCUUUGGCUUUGGAGAUGGAGGAGGCGGCCCAACGCAGAAGAUCCUGGACAGGCUGAGGAGAAUGAAGGACACAGACGGCUUGCCAAGGGUUCAGAUGUCCACACCUGACCAGCUUUUCACUGCCCUGGAAAAGGAAAAGGCUCGGCUGUGCACCUGGGUUGGCGAACUGUUUCUGGAACUCCAUAAUGGCACAUACACCACACACGGACAGAUUAAGAAGGGGAAUCGGGAGUGUGAGCGUCUGCUCCAUGACGUUGAGGUCCUGAGUAGCUUUGCUUUGUCACAGAAAAGUUCUUUCAAGUACCCUUCUGCUGAGCUUCAGCACCUCUGGAGGCUCCUCCUUCUGAAUCAGUUCCAUGAUGUCUUGCCAGGCAGCUGUAUCCAACUGGUAGCUGAGGAUGCCAUGAAAUACUAUUCAGAAAUUUGCAAUACUGGAUCUCAACUUCUGAAAGAUGCUGUGCAGUCUCUGUUUGGAGGCCUUUUGUCAAACAGUCAAGAGUCUAACGGGAGCAUCCUUGUGGUCAACACGUUGCCGUGGAAACGAACUGAAGUCAUCCCCAAAGCUGGACCAGGAGGAUCCAAGACCUUAGCCUUGGUGACAGUUCCCAGCAUGGGCUACUGUGUUGUUGAAGAUUCCUUACCUUCUCCAUAUCCCGUGACAGUGACCAAAAAGGUGGAUGGCUCUGUCAUCAUGGAGAAUGGUGUUGUCCGGGUCUGUCUGGAUACUCUGGGGCGUGUGACAUCGCUUUGCUUAAUACAUCCAGAGAGAGAGUCAGUUCCCGAAGGUUGCUGCGCUAACCAGUUUGUGAUAUUUGAUGACGUUCCAUUGUAUUGGGAUGCCUGGGAUGUCAUGGACUAUCACUUGGAGACCAGGAAGACCAUUGCACAUCUCCUUAAACCCUUGGAAAUCAUCCAGCCAGGGGGACUGCGGGGCAGUGUGACCUUCUCCCUUCAGAUCAGCGAGAAGAGCAUCCUUACCCAGGAGGUCAUUCUGGAUGCAGCCUGCCCUCACGUCCGCUUCCAGACUCAGGUUGACUGGAAUGAGGCUCAUAAGUUCCUCAAGGUGGAAUUCCCUGCCAAGGUCCGAAGCCCCAACGCCACGUAUGAGAUACAGUUUGGCCACCUUCAGAGGCCGACGCACUGGAACACCUCUUGGGACUGGGCUCGGUUUGAGGUGUGGAGCCACAAGUGGAUGGACCUGUCUGAGCAUGGCUUUGGGGUGGCACUGCUGAACGACUCCAAAUAUGGCUGCUCCGUCCGGGGCAACGUGAUGAGCCUUUCCCUGUUGAGAGCACCAAAGUCACCUGACGCCACGGCAGAUAUUGGGAGCCAUCGAUUUACAUAUGCCGUGAUGCCGCAUGUAGGUUCAUUCCAGGAGGCCGAGGUGAUCCGCCAGGCAUACAACUUGAAUUUCCCUCUUCACAAGGUGCCGUGCGCCUCAGGGCGGCACCCAGCUUGGAGCGCCUUCUCUGUGCAAUCCCCAGCUGUUGUCCUGGAAGCAAUAAAGCAGGCUGAGGACAUGCCAGGUGUGCUGGUGAUCAGGCUGUACGAGUCGCACGGGAGUACUGUGGUCACCUGGCUCCAGACGUGUCUCCCAGUCCAAGAGGCUGUCAUGUGCGACCUCCUAGAGCGGCCUGAUCCAAGCAAGCGCCUGCCACUGGAGGAGCAUGGCCUGCGCCUCUCCUUUACACCUUUCCAAGUACAAACUGUCCUGCUGACUUUGAAACAACCAGGCAGCAGCUGAACUUCUGGAGCACAAACUGCAAGCUUGCAGACUGGCUCCUUGGCUUCCUGCUGGGCAAGGGCCUGAAGCUGUGGCAGACACGGGUGGACUUGCAAGUUCCACGCCAUUCUUCUUAUUUCUUUUAACUAGAGCACUAAAGUCUGCCAACCUGUGGCAAGGGCAAAACAGCUUGCCAAUGCAAAAUGGCAGGCUGGGAUGGCACCAGUGGCCUACUUUAACCAGUGAACUUCUAUUUCCUGGGAUGACCUACCUAUUCCAAAUCUAAAUCGUAGCUGUGGUUCCUGCAUUGCAGGGGGUUGGACUAGAUGACCCUCGGAUCCCCUUCCAACCCUUAACAGUUCCAUGAUUCUAUGAAAUCUACACCUGGGAUUCUUACAGCUUAAUUGACUUUGUGGCAGAGUGGGCAGCUUCGGUGUUACUACUGAUAAACAACUGGGAGUAGGAAGCUUUUGCUUAUCUGCUGUGAAUCAUCUUGUCACUGCUCAAACCUCCUUUUUAAAAGGGGACACGGCAACGCUUUUCUUCUCGAAAAAAUGCUGCCGGUACUGCGUACCCUUGAGAAUCCCCAGAGAGGAGGACUGGGCUAUGGUUAUUGGCAGAGAAAUAGCUGGGGUGGGGAGGGAGAUUCAGAAGAACUGCUUGAAAUACGCUUCCACAUUCCAGGUUAGCAUCUCAUGGCAGCUCAGGCCUCUCCUUGUCAUUCCCUUUGGAACAUGUAGUAGGGCUACACGUGCCAAAGGGGCUCGGAAGGACGGUCCUUGCCACCACCCACAGGUGGUGACUUUAUUUACCAUCACCCAUCUACACACCCGGGAGACCAUCUUUGACUUGCCAGCAGGAGCUCCCAAUGUUUAAAGGUUGUGGGCUGGAAUCAAUGAGCAGAGUGGGGCACCAUACUUAGGACUUUUUCUUGACAAUUGCCUUCUCAUAGCACCACACCCUACAACAGCAUCAUUUCUAGAAAAAAAAUCUUUAUUUGCACCAAAAAGCACUGUAAGAAUAUAAUCAAAGGAGACAGGUUAUCACCAUAUAGAAAGUAUUUGACUGAGUAACUGUUAAAAUGCACAUCUCUUUCCAAUCUAGGCAGUAAUGUAGCAGUGGAUCAAAUCCCACUCCUUGCUGAACAGAACUAGCUCUAGAUAUCUUACUGGUCAGCUGAAGUGUUGGCCUGAAUGAUCCAUGUAGCUCUUGAGCCCCGCCAGAAGAUUCCUGUCAGAAAUAAGGCUGAGAAGGAAAUACUGCAACUCUUUCAGCAACUGAGCUCUGCUCUUGUGCUCCUGAUCCAAAGGCCGAUCUAGACAUGACAUUAGAUGUGUUUUUAAUGCAAAUAGGAUGAAGGUGUCAUUUGCUCUGGGGAAAACUGGAACGGCUCAAACUCCCCUUUCAUUCCUGCUGCAAUCCCCUGCUAGUUGCAUCGAACAACCUGCACCUUAAAUGCACAGAUGUAUCAGAUGUACCCUGUUCAGAAGGUAGAACCUCUGACAUCUCUUUUCAGGAAGCAACAGGGCAAGACUCAUUUCACCUAAAUUUGCAGCACCAAGAGUCCAGGUCUUGGAGGAGCAGAGUGCUGGAGGUAAUGCCAUUAGCUUGUGCGUCCUUCUUGCAGAUUAUACAACAGUGCAAUUAUACCCAAAACCAAGCGGAAAUGAUCUGCUAAUGAGUUGCGCUAGCUUUCCCCUACCAGCAGCCCCUGCAGCAGCUGGAUGACUCCCUUUCGUGGUGGUCAAGCUGAGCUAUGUGAUUUCUCUGUUGUGAAUAUACAGUCGAACCUCUGCUUACCACUGCCUCUUCUUACGGUCAUUCGAAAUUGCGACCGCGGCAAACCCGGAAGUAACUGGCGGGUUUGCCGACGUUUGCGCAUGCACAGGAGUAGCAAUCGCCGUUUGCACAUGCGCAGAGGCGGGCAAUUGCCUCCUGCACCUGCGCACAAUGGCGCCUGUCCCAGCAAUCCAUUUCGAACUCCGGACGGACCUCCGGAACGGAUUAUGGUCGCAAAUAGAGGUUCCAUUGUAUCAAGAGACCCUUCUCUUUAACACAGGCCUCGACACCCAGAGCAGGAAGAUCUCCUGCAGCGGUGGCAUGCACAAAGCCUACUCGCUGUUUGGAAUUGGGGCUGAGACCGUGGCCUGAAUCUACCACAGCAUUUCCAGAAAGCAAAAUCAGUGUAAAAGGCCUCAUAGUAGCUCUGCUAUAUGUUCCUAGCAGGACUUCAAAAAGCACAUAAGUGACAAGACAAUUCCCACAGUGUCGCCUGUUGCCAGGCCAGCAUCCAGAAACCAACAUAAGGCAGCUAUGUGAGCAUCGUCCAGAGUUUAUACCCUCUUUUGCCUCGGCAGCACAUGGGCCAGAAGGGGAGAAGGCUGUUCUGCUUCAGGGAGGUCACUGUGCCUUCACCUGCCUGGGUCUUGUGGAAACAGCAGCAGUAUCUGAAAAGGAAUAGCAGUUAGAUGGCUUGCAGGCCAGGGAGUGGGAACCUGCCAUCCCAUACAAACUUAGGAACCACCCUCCUGGAUCAUGCCAAUGGCCCACCUAGUCCAGCAUCCUGGUCUCACUGUGGCCAACCAGAAGGCCGAAUGGGAAACCCACAAGCAGAAGCUGAGCACAAGAGCCUUCUCCCUUCUUGUGGUUUCCAGCAACUGGUAAUCAGAAGCAUUGCUGCCUAUGGCCAUGGAGGCAGAGCACAGCCAUCAUGCAUAAAUUCUCUAUGAAUCUGUCCAGUCCUCUUUUAAAGCUGCCAUCUAGGUUGGUGCCCAUCACUGCCUCCUAUGGCAGUAAGUUCCAUAGUUUUAACUCUGCACUGCCCAAUUCCCACCAGGCGUUGCAAAUGGUCAGGAAUGAUGGGUCGCUGGCAUCCAGCAAGGUCUAGGCCAGUGGUUACCAAACUUUUGGUGGCCACAGCCCCCCCACCCCCAAGUUCCAUAGAACCAUCCCAGGGCUGCACCCCACCCUAUAAAAAGCAUUAUUCAGAAGAGUGGUUUGCCCAACCUACAACCUACUAAGGAAGUUGAUAACACAGUACAGUGGAACCUUGGUUUAUGAACACCUCGGUUUAUGAAUUUUCGGUUUAUGAACGCCGCGGACCCAUCUGGAACGGAUUAAUCCACUUUUCCAUUACUUUCAAUGGGAAAGUUCGCUUCAGUUUAUGAACGCUUCAGUUUAUGAACAUACUUCCGGAACCAAUUGUGUUCAUAAACCGAGGUACCACUGUACAAUUCAACUUGGUAACAAUUAGUUGCACAUUUCUUUAAAAUCCAAUAUGAAUUAUUUAAUUCAACAAAAUGGAUGAAUUUGAUCCAGGGAUGGCAGCUUUUCAAAAUCCAAUAAUCAUUUCCACCUUCUGUGUCCCCCUUCCACCCCUUUCGUCCUAGUGCCCCCCCCGCCCCCCACGGAUGGCAACCCCCCCCACUUUGGUAACCACAGAUCUAUGCCGCAGGUUCCCCAUCCCUCCUGUGGUUGCGUCUCAUUUGCUCCGUAAAGCCACCUAAGGAACCCUGAAGCCCGAUCACAUCUCUUCUUACCCCUAGUUUUCCGGGUUGAUGCUCGCCUCUUCUGGGAUUCAGCCACAGAAUCUGGUGCUGGAGAUUGCUGCAAGGCAGAAACCUUUCUCCGAGUUCUGGUGUUUGGUAGCUUGGCUUCCUUGGCCAUAGUGUGGUCCUCUGUUUGGGGGGCAAUUCUGUUCCCUUUCUUCCUUCCAGACUUCCUUGUUCCCACAACAUCUUUCCGAGGAAUACUGGUCACAGAACUGCUAGUCUCCAGUUUUGUGACCUAGGAGAGACAAAAGAGAGCUGAAUAAUGGAAUUGCAGAGGUUGGAGGUAUCAAACCCCAACAAUGCAGGAAUCGCAGAGACAGACGGAGAUAAACAAAGAAUUCUUUGAAUUCCUCUCUUGCUUCCCUAUGGAAUGCGAGGGCAGGCAAAGGCACUAUAAAAAGUGAGGUUGGAAAAUACUGCAUUAAUAACAUGAAAUUUAACAUCACACUGGAACUGCAUGUGUGAGAGGAAUGGAAUGGAGAGAGAGAGAACGAGGGAGAAGUAUCAUUGGCAGUUUGGAAUCGGAGCGCUCUUCCUAGGCUGAAAAAAAGUGGUGAGGACAGUUUAUUUGUUAGAACAGAGGGGUCUCUAACAAGCUCUUGAAUCACAGGACCAAGUGACACAGAGGCUUUGGAAAACGGUUGAGACAACUGCUUCCCCCGAGUCAGCUGGAAGAUUGAAGGACACAACAUUAUAUAUGGUUGGGACAAUAUCAUGGGAAAAUUACUACAAGCAGGAAAGAAUGAUUGCAGACUUGAGUACCUUACUUGAAACUUUACGUUACUUAAUAUAUUAACACCAAUUGAAACCAUAAGAUUGUAGUUGUUGUAUAAGGGAUUACUAUCUUGAAGGGAAUGUAUUUGAAAUUAUUAAGAUUUUGGAAUGCAGAAAUUUUUAGAAAAGCAAAGAGGAACCCAUCAAUAUGAGCAUGUGAGGAAAUCACUUUAACUGAAUUGUAUAAUUCGGUAUAUAAAUAAUUGGUUUUAAUAAUUGUUUUAAUUGGAUAAAUUUGGCAUUGUUAUAAUGAGGCUGUUAUUGGAACAAUAUUGGAAAAUCAAUUUAAAUUUUUUUUUU